CAACAAGUUUGCUCCUUGAGUGAAUAAUGACAUCCAUCAUUCGGUGCAGACAGACCAACCAUGUCAGUCGUGUCAAUUAGCAAGGUGACAACCGACCAACAUACACCCAACACACACGCACGCCUACGUAGAGAGAGAUAUGCGCCGCCAUAUUCAGCGGUCUUGUGUACGCCGUUGCAAUGCAGCCAGCCUUUAAAACACCCAACCACCCUCCCUCCCUCCCACGGACACUAACAGGCCCCCGUCGCAUACGCACGCACUCAGCCACACACGUGUGACGUGACCACUCGGACAAAACCAAGCCCAAAAGGCGACAGACAGAUAUGAUGAGAAAGUGCGUAUGUAUGUAUGUAUGUAUGUGUCCAUCCAGGCGAGGGCGCUGUGGGCACGAAAAUCUCGCGUGGAGGGCCGACCAACCAGGCAGACAGACAGAGAGACAGAGAGACAAACCAAACACACCUCUCCAGCCAAACCUGAUAUACGAUUUCUGCUUAGCCAUAUCGCUCUCUCUGUCUUUGUGCGUAUGUUAUGUAUAUGCGUGUGGUCCUCUCUUGUGGGUGGUCUCCAUCCAUUUAUCCAUCCAUCCAUCCAUUUAUCCAUCCAUCCCUCCACGGGCCGAUUCGUCCAUCAAUCAGAGGUCGAGGAGCAUCUUUCUGGGGUCUUCGAUGUAGUCCCUGAUGGACCGCAGGAACGUCACGGCCUCUCUGCCGUCGACCAGCCGGUGGUCAUACGUCAGCGCCAGAUACCUGACACACACACAUACGCACACGGGAGGGUGCGUCUACUGCGUGCAUCAACCAACACAGAGCUACACAGGUGCAGACAGAGGUACAUGAUGGGCCGAAUGACGAUGUCUUUGCCGCGCGCCACUGGCCGAUUGAUGAUGGCGUGCAUACCUGCCAAGCCAAGACACACAGACAGCAGACAGACGCAGGCCCAUUCAUCCAUCCAUCCAUCCAUCCACACAUUUUGGUGUUGUGCAUUUCUGCCUGUCUCACCGACCGAGAAUGGAAGCCUGAGGCGGGUUGAGGAUGGGCGUCCCCAGCAUCGACCCAUACACACCACCUGCGGACCGGGCCGGGCCACCACACGGACGGACAUGCGCGCAUGCACAUGCGCGACACAUAAUAUUUAUGGAUUGACGCGUCAUUAUUCUGCGUGUUCUCGCCUCCCUCCCCGCUUGGUGUACCGUUUGAGAUGGUGAAGGUGCCGCCCGCCAUCUCUUCAAGCGCUAUCUGGUUGUUGCGUGCGCGCUUCGCCAAAUCAGCCAACGCCUGAUGCACACACACAGACACAAAUACACAAACACACGAAGACAUGUGUGGCCUCUCCCUGCCCCCGCUCUCUUUUGCUUGCUGCUUCAGCAUACAUACUUUUUCCAGGUCUGCGAGUGUCAUCUUAUGGCAGUCCCUGAUGACGGGCACCAUCAGUCCGGUGGGGGUGGCGACGGCCACACUCAUGUCGACGUAGUCCUUGUAGACAAUCUCGUUGCCCUCGAUGUCUAAGGCAGGAAAGAAAAGGACACACACAGCAAGAUAUGGAUGGAUGGGCGGCAUCAAUUCUUUUGUAUGUUCGUUGGGCUUGGUUCGUUCUUGCUUACAUCCGUUGACUUCGGGCAUCUUCUGGAGCGACUUGGUGGCCGCCAGCAUGAAGGCCGACACGAACCCUGCGCAGACAAAAGCAACGAAGACAAGACAACAGCACAAAUGACGCACGCAACGCAACGCACCGCUCCAGGGGGGCGGUCGCUGUCUGUCUGUCUGUCUGUCCGCACAGUCAUUCGGUACUACCGACCCAGUUUGCAACCAUGUUUCUCCAGGAAGGCCUCGUUGAUCUCGCUACGCAGAGCCAUCAGAUUCCCCAUGUCACACUGAACACACACACAUAAUUGAUGAUCCACCCACCCUAGCGAAUAUGCGCCGCCCAAUCCCUCCCUACUCCCCCACCUCAUUGAAUGUCGUCAGCAUCGCCGCCGUGUUCUGCGCCCCCUUGAGCCGCUCUGCGAUCCGCUGCCGCAUCCGGCUCAUCGGCACGCGCUUCUCACCACGCACAUCCACCGCAGCAGCGCCCCGGCCAGGUGCAGCCGGCCGCUGGGGCGACGGAGCAGCCGGUGUGGGGGGUGACGGCCGCUUGGCGUCGGUGGCUGGAGGGGCGGGGGUGGAGGGAGGGGCUGCGGGUGAUGGCUGUGCGGCGGGCUGUGAUGGGGCGGGCUCUUUCUUCUCUGCGGCUGGCGCGGCUCCCUCUGGCGGGGCCGCCGCGGGCGUGAGUUUGUAGAGGGGAGCGCCGACCAUCACCGUGUCACCUGCAGGCAGGCAGACCGACAGGGAGAGGAGACCGUGGUGUGGUGUGAGUGUCGAGCAACCUGCCAGCACAGGUAUAGGUGGAUGAGUGGAUAGAUACCUACCUUCGUUGGCCAUGAUGGUAUCGAUGACGCCGCUCUCGGGUGCCUGUAUGUCGACCGACACCUUGUCGGUGUCGAUGACCGCUAUCACCUCGUCAGCCUUGACGAACUCACCCACACCUGACAUACAUGACAACCAUACACACACACACACACACGCACUCACAUGAACGAACCCGCGCCGUGCUUGUGCUUGUGCAGGCAUGGCACGCACCGCACCUUUUUUCCACGAGUUGAUGGUUCCCUCCGUGAUGGAGUCGCCCAUGUUGGGCACCGCUAUCUCCUUCGGACCAUCUGCACACACACACACACACACACGUGUAUUGUAUGCCAAGCUGACACUUAUCCCUCAUCCAUCUCGUCCUUUUCACGCACCACUGAACAGCCGGCGCUGCUGCCCCACACACGGGGCCGGUCUGAACCAUGAGCACCGGGGCGAUGAGCCAUCCCACCGAUUCAGAAUGCAGCUGUGGCGGCCGGUGAGCGCGCCAAACGGGCGUGAAGUGGCAAAGAGCCGCUCCGCCACAGUCAGGGACCGGUAGAGGGAAGAUGCAGGUGCCCGCUGGUGGUAGAUUCGCGCGAUGUAGUUGCCGCCCGGGGCAGCCAGGCCCUGAUGUGAUCAGGACAGACAGGGAGGGAGAAGUGAAUGGGAUGGUUCUGUGUUGCUAUAGCGUGUUGAAUGACUCACCCGAAGCGCCGAAACGCGAUGCAUUCUGCCACUCGCUGACGAUGGACGCAAAUCACGAGAAAAAACGGGACGAUUCUCGUCAGAGGCGCUUCACUGAAGCCCUCCUGCGUGUGGUGCGGGGCCUCCCCUGCCGCUCCUGCACCUUCCG